GUUGGACUCUGCCUUCCAAAAUACUCUACCAAAAAACAGCCCAACAAGUGGGAGAAUCGGCUUUUCUCUUCCCUUCUCUUCCGCAUGCUGGUCGCCGCCCUCCGCGUCCCGGCGCCGAUCCCCUCGUCGCUCCCCUCGCCGGCGCGCCCUCUCCUCCGCCGCCGCAGCAGCCACCGCCUGCCCCCUCCCCCGCCCCCCGCCGCGUCAAUGGCCGACGCCGGCGGCGCCACCACGAACAAGCCCGCUCCGGCCCCGGCCCCGGAGCCGCCCGAGAAGCCGCUCCCCGGCGACUGCUGCGGCAGCGGCUGCGUCCGCUGCGUCUGGGACGUCUACUACGACGAGCUCGACGCCUACAAUAAGGCUCUCGCCGCCCACUCCUCGUCGGCAUCCUCCGGCAGCAAGCCCGCUACCAGCGACGGCGCCAAAUCAUGAGGCGAAUCAGGAUUCAGGAGUUCUGAGGACGACUUGCAGUAUGCGUCCCUUCCUCUCUUUUCAUUUUUUUUCCCCUUCCCCAAAUCGGGGUCUUGGUGUGGUACUCCUACCAGCUAGUAGUAUUAAAAUUACUCGUUUGAUUAUAGUGAAACAUUUGUGUUAUCUCAUUGUGUAUGCUGCAAUUUGUACUAGAGUGGAAUGGUUGUUGUUCCAACGAAAAAUUCCCUGAUUACAUACAGAGAAUUGUUCAUGGAUA